AUGCAGCAAACAGGGAAGAGACAUGAGCCUAUUGAUAUUGACGACGACUCUGAUGGUGUCGAGGAAGUGACAAAUCCCCCACCGUUGCGUGCAAGGCGGUUGCAAAAGCGCCAAAAGACAGCCAGGGCACAGCAUGGCUCAUCACAACUGCCAAUCGUCCUCGAUGAAAGCAGUGACGAUGGGACUGACAGUAUUGUUGUUAACAGAAAGCUUCAAACGUUGUCAUCCCCUUUCUUGAACUUAGGGACGACCACGUCAAAGAAUGAAUGUUCAGAUGCUGGUCCAUCAAAGCAAUACAGAGAGCUACAGAAAGAACACUUGUCCUGGCAAGGCGCAGGAGCUGGAACUCUAACCCCGGCAGUCAACCCACAGCUCUAUGGACUUGUUGCACCUGCACCCAGCCCUUCACCUAAAAAGCCAUCUGUUUCGCCUGACGUACGCGAACGAUCACCGUCAAUUCUCAUUGAUCAGACGAUGAAAAUGGAACUUGAUCCAGUUCCUCCAUCAAUCUCCGCUAAUCGGUCGUUUCAGGAGGAAGAUGAAUAUAUUUCGGCGGAUGAUUAUUGGGACUGGGUGAGAGGAGACGAUGGGAGCAUGGAUGUGGACGACAGCGACGAUAAGAAUACUAUAGACAUAGAACCUCCUCCGAUGCCUGUAAAAGUGGUACCCAGGAUAACAUUCCGAUCAUCUCGUAAACGGGAGUCAGUCAAAAGUCAAACCCUACCAAGAGCUGGAACUGGGUUACUAUCAGCAAGCUCUGAGCAGUCGAGAGCAAGGCCAUCUCGUCUCUGGGAUGGCUUUAAGGCUGAAUACGCUACGAGUCCCUACAUACACACAACCGUAGACUAUCGCCACCUCAGACAAAGCAGAGGUCUUCUAUCCAGGGCCACGUCGUCGCGAUCAAUUAAUGUUUUCAACUCACACCUCACUGUAUCUUCCCUGCGCCUCAGCGGAGCUCCAUUCAAGAAGACAUCCGGCUCCGUCAACAAAGUUGCACAAUCCCAUGAGUUUAUUGCCGUUGCAAGUCCGACGAAGGGGGGUCAUCCGGAUAGGACAUCCCGAGCUCCUGAAGUAGAUCCGUAUAAUCGGGAUGGUAAUCUCGUUGUGUGGCGCGGUCAAAAGCAUGCGGUCUUGAAUGAUCACAGGAGGACGUGGCCUACCGACAGGAUAUGGAACUGCUCUAAAUACUAUACCGUCAACGACGUUGCAUUCGAUCCUCUCAGGCCGAAUUGUCUCGUAUCUUCCGGCAACGACUGCGUCGUACGAACCUUCGACCUCAAAGCAUGCGACGAUGAGUUCUCACCUGAGUGUCUCAAUACUUUCCAAUAUGCGCACGCGCCCUACGACAUCGCGUUUAAACCGAACUCGUCAAUCUUCGGCGUGAGCUGCUUUGACGGAAACAUCCACAUCCACACCUCCGACACCUCCCGCUUUACACUCGAAGUCGUCAACGGGCGAGACUCGCGCCCAGGAUCCUUCAUCUGGGGUGCUACGUCAUUCAACAGCGGACUUAACGACAUGCUCUUCGCUUCCUCGGAGUCCGAGAGGGAGAACGUUUGUCAACAUACUGCGUUUAACGUUGCUCUGCAAUGUGCAGAUUAUGAGUUGGAUAUUGACGAUUCUGCUGAGGCUAUGGCUUUGGAUCCGCAAGGCCGAGUUCUUGCGCUAAUCACAGAGACCGGCGCCAACAACUCCCACUUCCUCUCCCUCUUCGACGUCGCUCGGGGCCAAGGUACCCGAUGCACAGGCACCCACCUCCAUCCCUUAAAACCUCAUGCCCAACUAUCCUCCGCAAAAGACCCCCUCGAAGUCACCUGCUCGUCAUUCUCCCCAGACGGUAUUCUCCUAGCAAUCGCAAGGACAGAUAACGCAACGCACGUGUAUGACGUUCGGUUCCUCACUGGAGAAAGGCCGUGGGCUGUACUGAGUCAUAAGAUGGUCGGACGACCGAGGGAGUUGGAGCAUGGUGUUACUGGGUUGCACUGGGUUGAGGGGGUGGGGAGGGGGCAGCUUGGGUUGGUUAGCGGUGGAACUGACGGCUGUGUCAGAUUAUGGGAUAUGAAAUGUCCCCCGGCACAUACAGAUGAAAGUAUGGUCCUCGCUGAAGUAGAUCACGACGUUGCUUGCUUUUCCGUGGGUGAUAUAUCCAAGAAUGAGCAUAGAUUAGUUGUUGGCGAUUGCGGAGGCGAAGUCUAUAUUUACGACUAAGAUUUACUAUUGUUAGCUAUCAGUUGCUCUCACACCAUAUGUUGUAUACCAGUAAUAAAUGCAUGUAGCAUACAUAGUACACAU